UCAAACCACGAUCAAGACAUGUCUUCAUUAUUAUGAGCCAUUGGAUGUUUGUAAAUUGAUCAGCCUGUUCACAGGUUUGGUUGUUCAUGUUGUGUAAUUAGAUCCCAUUAUAGGAACUCAGUUAGAGUGCAUGGAGAGAGGAGAGAAUGAUUUUGAGAAAUGCCUCAGUUAUUUAUUUGUAAAAAACAGGAGGAUUGGGAGGAGAUAUACUAGAACUAUCUUUGCAGCCUUGGCUCAUUUUCUUUCUUGAAUUGUUUUUCCCUGGGAUGGCCUCUGUUGAUGGAGCUACUUAACUGCCCCCUGUGGGGACCUCCCCAUCUGCAGUCCUGAUUGAGAAAAAGAUUAUUUACCAGCUUUCUAAAGGAUUACUGUGCAUGUAAUGGGUGUUUAUAAGAAAUGGAAAAUAAUUUCAUGCCAAUUUUAUGGCAAGUUACAAUGGAUUUAAGCCUUAGUUAGAGAAGAAACGACUUAAUUACGAGCUGGUAUGCACUUAUCAUAGGGAAGUGAAGCUGAAACAGAAACUCUUCAGCAGAAAAAGGGAGGUGUGAUCAGUUGGAGUGAGGAAUGGAGAAGAUGUGAAGGAUGAGGUGGUGGGUUUGUCUGUGUGCUCUGUGGGGCUGGUCCAGCGCCACUGUUAUCGUCCCGCUGGUCACAGAUGGCAGGGGGAGCCUCAGUCACAUGGUGCAGGACAACCAGACACUGUUCAUUGGAGCCACUAACUACAUCUACCAGCUUGGUCCAGACCUGGAGAGACAAGCGGUGGUUACCACUGGUCCUCAGAACGAUUCACAAAAGUGUGGAGUUCGAUUAAGUGGUUGUUCUUUCUUAUCGUCACUGUUGUCGACGGAUAACCACAACAAGAUCCUGCUGCUACAGUCAGACAAGCUUGUGGUUUGCGGAAGUGUUUUCCAAGGGAAAUGUGAGAUCAGGAAUGCUAUGAACAUCAGUGAAGUUUUGUUUACCGGUGACAAGGCCGUGGCUUCCAAUGAAGUGAAUGUGAAUACAAUCGCAUUCGUCACACAAGUUAUGAACAGCAACACACGCAACAUGGAAGCUAUGAUUUAUGUAGCAACAGAGUUCACAAGGUUCGACAGUUCUAAAAGUAACUUCGAAUUUAAUCUCAGGAGAUCACAUCCCCUUGUCAGUACUAAACUUUUAGAAGACUUUUCAGUUCGAGGGAGUGUUGAAUUUAAAACUGACAAUAAGUACAUGAAGCCAGGCCUGAUAUUAUAUGUGACUGGAUUUGCUUCAGGGAAUUACAGCUACAUACUCUUUAAUGAAAAAAAUGCAGUUGAUCAACCCCACAGGUCUAAAAUUGUGCAUAUGUGUAGAAAGGAUGAUUCUUUAAAGACUUUCCUGGAAAUGCCAUUAACGUGCAAAAACAAUAACAAGACAUUCAAUAUUCUAAAGACUGGAAAAGUUUUCCAACCGGGGCAGGGUUUGUUGAAGUCACUGCAGGAACAGUUUCCAGGCCUGACCUCGGGUGACGAUGUCUUGAUGGGUCUCUUUAGUCAUAGUGAGGACAACAGCUCUGCUCUCUGUAUCUUCAGUAUGCCAGAGGUGAGAAAAACCAUGCUUUCCAAUGUAAAGAAGUGUUUGAAUGGAUCAACAGAGUUUUCAGCUAACGAAAAGUACAAGGAUGGAUUGGGAUGUACAAAAAUCAAUGUUGAAUUAAGUGACAGUGAGUUGCUGUGCUCUAACACCUUGAAUCUGAUCAUUGCGGGGGGCAUCCCUUUGGCCUCUGUCCCCGUCAUCCAGUUUCCAGCGACAGAUGACCUGCACGACUUUGUAUCCUUGGCCGUGACUGUCACUACGGAAUUCACAGUGGCAUUCAUAGGGAGUUCUACAGGACAUAUCAGGAAGGUAACUCUGCAAACAGCCACAGCAGCAGAACUGUAUGACUCAGCCAUCGCAGUGGACCAGGGUCACGCCAUCAGCCAGGAUAUGUUGUUUGACAGUUCCCAAAUGUUCCUGUAUGCCAUGAGUGACAGAAAGGUUGCUAAGAUACCGGUACAGAACUGUCAACAGUACACCACAUGUAAUACUUGUCUGGGAAGCAAGGACCCAUACUGUGGCUGGUGUACUCUGAACCACAGGUGUACAUUGAAAAGUGAGUGCUCUAAUCCAACAGCCAGUCGUUGGCAGAAUGCAGACAACAACAACUGUAUAUCAAUCCUCAAUGUCUCGCCACCAAUGGCCCACGUCUCACAGAACAUCACGCUCUAUUUAACAGUCCAUGGUCUGCCAAGGAAUUUCAAUACUUCAUACAACUGCGUGUUUGACUUCCGUAGCAAAAAUCGCAAAACCGUUCCUGCCCAGCUCAGAAGUUACGGGAUUGAGUGUAGAAAUCCCAGUGUUGACGAUCUUUCACUAAACUUCACUAACACGCUGGGACAUAUCAACAUUACCCUGGGUAUACAGUCAGUGGAGACUGGAAGUGUUAUUGUGUCCAAGCCAUAUUUACUCUACAAAUGCAGCAGCUUCUCCAGUUGUUCAGGGUGUGUGGACAACGUGUACUGGUGUGAUUGGUGCAUCACCAAUAACAAGUGUCAGUACAACACGGAUGACUGCCCCGGGGACCGUGUCAGCAGUCGAAACGGUACUUAUGAACAAAAUGACACCGAGUAUAUUAGUAAUGAAGGCAAAAGAGGGAAGCAGUUUUGCCCCAUGGUGGACGUCCGUCAAACUGGUCUCAUAUUUAUACCAAAGGGUCAGAGAAAAACCAUUAUCAUUCAGGGGAGGAAUUUUCCAGAGCCAGAUAUCUACAGAGGAAGAAUGUUCUUACCAUCAGCUCCCUUAGACAUUCCAGGGACAAGAAUAUCAGACACCGAGUUGCAGUUCCAAACAGAGCAGAUUAAUGAAGACCUACCCAAUGGUUUGUACAAUGCCAACAUGAAUGUGCUGUGGAAGCCUGAAAAAUUCAACAUUGAAAAUGAUGGACUUACUUUGACUAUAUACAGUUGUUUGGGACAGGCCGGGGGAGAUUGUAGUUUUUGUAAAAAUUUGGAACUGACCCAGCCAGCCAUGAACUGUAAAUGGUGUGGAGGCAAGUGUGAUUACCACCAGGGGGACAGUUGUGCAGAAACCAAGUGUCCAGGCCCCAAUGUCACAAAUCUAAAACCGAAAAGUGGACAUUACUUGGGAGGGACUGUUGUUACCAUCACAGGAACCAACCUUGGUGUUAAAUUUACAGAUAUUGAAAACAAAGUCACAGUAGCGGGCAUUGCUUGUAAUGCAACAGCGAAAAAGGAGGAGUAUAGGCCUUCCAAAAGAAUCCAGUGUGUUGCGGGAGGCAGAAGUGGACAGGGAAGUGGGCCUAUCAAAAUAGCAGGAGUCACCCUCCAGAAGUGGAUUUAUUCCUACAAGAUUCCUGAAGUCGGCAGUAUUUCUCCAAAUUUUGCGGCGGAGUCUGGUGGUAGAACCAUAUACCUGAGGGGAAAUAACCUUAACAUUGGGAAUGGCGUCCAGGUGACCAUUGACAACAACACGUGCCUCGUUACCAGUAACCAAGAUUCAGUUAUAUCCUGUGUUGUCCCUGGUGGUGCAGGUGUUGUCAAGGUCAAAGUUCAUAUCGAUGGUAACGUCGUGGAAACAGAGGGCGGUAAUUUUUCCUACGUGGAGGACCCUACUGUGUUGAAUAUUGAUCCUCUGAAGGCCUUUGAAAGCGGCGGAAGAAAGCUGACUGUCGUUGGAAAUAAUUUUGAUGCUAUAGACAGGGCCUACAUGUUUGCUGUUUUCAGCGAUGGAUCUCGUUCCAAAAAUGAGAACUGCACAAUCCAAAACAGCACUAUCAUGCAUUGUCCUUCUCCUGCCCUCAAGACACAAACAACAGCCAUUGACACAGAAGGUGAAGAAACCAUUCGAACCAAGAGGGUGGCCCUAAGACAGAGAGCACAAACGGCGCCAUUCUUCUUGAAACGAAGAAGGAGACAAGCAGUCUCCUAUUCUGCCCAGUUGGGUUUCUAUAUGGACAAUGUGGCUUCAGUCCAGAAUCUCAGUGGAAUUCCAGGUCUUGCAGUCACCCUGUUUUAUUCAAGAGACCCAGUUAUUUAUGAUUUUGAGGAGAGCAAUAAAAUAAAGAUAUACAAUCCAGGCAUCGUUUUGGACAUCAAGGGAAGUCGAUUGGAUGAAGCAGCCAAUAAGGAUGAUGUUAAGGUGUUUGUUGGUGUGGACCAAUGUAAUGUAACCAGUGUGAGCUCAGAAAAUAUAUACUGCACACCGCCCACUAAUCAGCCCCAUUUGCGGGAUGACGGAAAACAACGAACAGAUGGAAUUCCACGAGUGUUUGUUGUGUAUGGUAACCUGGAGAAAGUGGUGGGGUUUCUGAGGUAUAAAGAAUCGGAAGAACCCAACCUAAUGGCGUACAUCGUGCCCGCUGUACUGGGCUUCGCGGGGGUAAUCAUCAUCAUUGUGGUGGUGGUGUGCCUGAAAUACCGCAAGCAACAGAAAAAUGCUGAACGUGAAUACAAGGCCAUACAGGUUCAGCUGGACAAUCUAGAGAGCACUGUCAGAAACGAAUGUAAACAAGCCUUUGCCGAGUUACAGACAGAUAUGACAGACCUCACGACGGAUUUGGAGGGCAGUAAGAAGCCGUACCAUGACUACGACGAGUAUACGUUCAGAGUUCUCUUCCCUGGGAUGAUGGACCACAUCAUACUGCAGCCUGCACAGCAGAGAAACGGGAAUACAGAUAGACACCCUGAUGUAGCCAUUUCUCACUUCCGUCAGCUGCUGAACAACAAGCAGUUCCUUCUGAUGUUUAUUAGAACGCUGGAGAAACAGAAGACAUUCAGCAUAAGAGACAGAGCCAAUGUUGCAUCCUUGUUACUGAUCCUCUUCCAGAAUAACAUGGAGUACAUUACACAAAUUUUGAAAGCAUUACUUAAUGACCUGAUAGAAAAAAGCAUAGAGACCAAACGAACAAAGAUUAUGUUGAGAAGGACGGAGUCGGUGGUGGAGAAGCUGCUGGCUAACUGGCUGUCGCUGUGUAUGUACUGGUAUCUCCGGGAGGAGGCAGGAUCCUCUCUUUACACACUCUAUCAGUCCAUAAAAGUACAGGUGGACAAGGGGCCGGUGGACUGCAUCACCGGCGAGGCCAGGUACUCGCUGUCACAGGACCGACUCCUCCGCACAGAGAAACAGCUGGAGUACAGCAUUCUUACAUUAUUGGUGGAAUUCAAGGACAAGCCCGUGACUAAAUGUCGAGUACUAGACUGUGAUACUAUAACCCAAGCCAAAGAGAAAAUGAUUGACACGUUGUGUCGGAAUAUUCCAUACACACAAAGGCCCAGUGCUGCUGAUCUGGAUCUAGAGUGGACCAAAUCUGGAAAAAUUUUGUGUGAUGAAGAUAGUGCUACACCCAAAAUAGACGGCUGGAAGCAAUUCAAUACCCUGAAGUAUUACCAUGUGGAGGACGGGGCGGAAAUGACACUCCUGGAACACCAAAACUGUCGCACUCUGCCACGGUCACCCAACGGGUCUUUACAUUCCUCAGGAUUUGCUUUCACAGUGAACAGAGAAGCCCAGCCUAUUACCCGCACAGAGAGUGAAGUCGGCUGCAAGUACUGGCAUCUGGUCAAGCAGGACGACUUCAAUACCGGCAUCAAAAUUAGCUCAGAGGUCUUUCUGACUCGCCUUCUAUCUACCAAGGGUACCCUGAAGAAGUACAUAGAUGACUUUUUCACCAUAAUCCUGACAGCCAAUGAGAGCAUUCCGCCAGUCAUCAAGUUUCUGUUUGACUUCCUAGACGAGGCUGCAGAAAGAAACUUUGUGGAACCUGAAGUUGUUUACAACUGGAAGUGCAACAGCGUCCUGUUGCGCUUUUGGGUGAACAUCAUUAAGAACCCCGAGUUUGUGUACGACAUCAACAAGACCAACAUUGUGGAUUCUUGUCUCUCUGUUGUUGCUCAAGCCUUCAUGGACAGUUGCUCAACCUCUGACCAAAACCUAGGAAAGGACUCUCCAUCCAACAAGCUUUUAUUUGCAAAAGACAUCCCCCAGUACAAAUGUUUGGUGGAAAAGUACUUUCAGGACAUCAAGACCAUGCCAGCCGUCAGCGACCAAGACAUCAGUGCCUAUCUCAAUGAAGUCUCCCGGAUGGCUACGGAUCGCUUCACCAAAGAAAAUGCUCUUCAUGAACUCUACAAUUACGUGCACGAGUACAGCAAUGCCAUCAAUGAAAGUUUGGAGGAGGAUCAGACUUCUUCAGCCCAGCAACUUCCUGCCAAACUGGGUCAUGUGAUCACAUCAAUGGAGGGACCCUCAUCUUCAGGUCCAGCCUAUUUGUGACCUUGACCUCUAACCCCAGGGUCAACCAGGCAUUUCAUCCCCAUCAUGUAGACUUGUACUUAGUCAUGUCGGAGUGCAAUAUUUAAUUAUCGUAUAAUCAACAUCUUCCAUAUUAGAUAUGUCAAGGUAGAAAAAUGAGUUCAUCAUUUCAUGUCCUGAUCUAUUUUCGAACAAUUGCUCAUAAUGUGUUCAAGACUGAUUGUUGAUAUUUUUUCAUGUAUUUUUAGGUUACCUGAGUCACGCCGGUGACCUAUUGCUAUUGGUCUAUGUCUGUUGUCGUGUCACGCCGGUGACCUAUUGCUGUUGGUCCAUGUCUGUAGUCGUGCGUCGCUCAUUAUCAAUCCAACAUUUUAAACUUGUUCUUGAUAAGUACCCUCCUUCCCCUUCUUUUCAGAUUUGAUAUGAAGCAUCUCUGGGACAAGGGGGACAUAAAUUGUAAAUUUCAGGAUUCCUCCACCCCUUGGGGCCAUAGGGACAGGGCAAAAAUUGGCCAGUUUUGAAAAAAAAAUCUCUACCACCACACAUCUGCGGGGAAGAAAAUGAAUGUCUUUAUUAUUUUAAAGAAAUUUUCUUUACUUUUGCUGAUACUAUAUCAAAACUAAAUGCAUAAUUAUGAAAAGUACCAAAAUUGUGAAUUUUGCAACCCUAGGUCAUGUCCAAAAUUGUCUUUUAGUGUUGAUAUACAUAUUUUGUCAAGUUUAUCAUCAGUUUGGGCACUUUCGGGGACAUAUGUGUUUUACGAAGACAUCUUUGUUAUACUGCUAUUAAGUAUUAGAAUUUCGCAUGGGUGUGCAGAACAGGAAACUUAUGAUAGAUUUGGAGCUAGUACGUGAUACUUUGAACUAAUACUCAGGUGACCGACAAGGCCUCUUGUUAGUCUCUGUAUUAGAUAGGUCAAUCUUUUGAUUGAUAAUAAUUUUUAUGAUAAACUAAUGGCAGUACUAGUCAAGGAAUAUGUGCUAGAUGUUCACACUCUUAUCAUUUAUACAAGCUGUAUUGUGUUCUGGAUGAUGAUAUUUAAAUAUUUUAUACAAGCCCGUACUCUUUCUUGACCCUGUACAUACAUGUUUAACUCCCCUUAUCCCACCAUCUAGAGUACUGUAAACCAACAUUUAUUCGCGACUCAUGUGGUAAACUUGUUUGCAGCGAGUAAAUUUUCACAAUCUAGCCCAUGACAGACAUUCAAUGACUGGUUCGCAACGAGAAAUAUUUGCGACAAUGAGGUCCUUGCUAAUCUCGUGAAAUUUUCUUGCACACGAAUAAAAGUUGGUUUACAGUAAUAUCUGUAGUAUUCCAAAUUAAUCCCACCUUCCAAAGCAGAACUUGUAGUAUUUGAUACAUUUAAUUUUUAUUUCAUCAACAAUGCAGGAAUAUCAUCUAUGCAAAGAUUUACCACUGCAUAUAUGAAAGCUUAAUGAUGAAGGCCAGGCUUUUGAAACAAAUAUUGAUAUAUUGUAUAACAGUGUGCAUAUAAAAUGCAAUUCUGUGAGUUUGUAGAAUGAUGUACAUAAAAGAGUGUUUCAUCAGGUUAUUUGCUUUAAGUCUUUCAUUUUUAUGGGGAAAAAUUUCCUUGCCAAAAUUAGCGAGCGUAUGCUGUGGGCAGUGAUGUACAACUACAUCUUGAGAGUUAAAUUACAAAUUGUAUGUGUUGUCAACUGAUAGAGAAAAAUAAAGUAGGUAAUGUUAAACAUUCGCAGUGCAGCGGAAUUGAAGUGUGAGUUUUGUGUACGAGUUUUCUUUGGUAUUUUUUCGUUUCUUUUAAUAUGGGAUAGUAUUGCGUAUUGUUAUAUUACAUUUAGUAUGUCAUGUUUUAUCUUAGUGCAUUAUUCAUUAUCAUAGAUAUUUAUAUGUUUUCAUUUUAUACAAAUCAAGUGCAAUAUGGAAGUUUUAUAAUAGUAUUUGAUGGCUAUGCAUUGUAAGCUGUUUGAGUGGAAGUGAAUGAUUGUGUGAAAAGAGUAUUUUUUGAAUCUGAAUCGGUCACUGGACAUUGCAUAAUGUAAAACAAUUUCUGUAGUCCACUGGAGAUACUCUGUUAUAAUGUGAAGUAUUCGUAUACAGAUGAAUAUUGAAUCUACUUUUUUGUUAUACUCAUUGUUUAUAAAACAAACCAUUUGACAUAUGUCAUCAAUCACCUUGAUUAAGGUGCAAAGAGGUCAUGUUUGCCUGGUAGAUAGAACAAAUUAUACAAGAUAUUUUAUUUAAUAAAAUAAUGAUACAAUUUGGAAA